GUCGGUGUUUCGUGUGAGCGCGUUUGUGUGUCUCGGCAGGAAAUGAUACUGCGCGGCGGGCCAAGUUUGGGGGAGUGAGGAUGCGUCUCCGCCGCGGUCUCGGGGCGAGCGGGAUGGUGGCGAGUCAUGGCCCGGGGACGUGAGCCGGGAUGGCAGAGCCGCAGCCCGAGUGCCUGAGGAUCGCGGGUCUGCUCGCUGCCCACGCCGGUGCCCCUCGCCCCGCUCGCCGCCCGCAGCCGCCGCCGCGUCCCCGGCUCCGGGGAUCGGCCGCCUCGCAGGGCGUCCGCAUGGGGCUGGAGGGCUUCGGAGGCGAGCCGGCGGCUGGUUGCAGCCCGCCCUGCCAGCUCCUGUGCCCGGCGGAAGGUGGCAAGAGGAGCGAAGCGGGCAGAGACAUUGUAUCCACCCAGCUGGCUACAGUAUCGCCUGGCACCCAGUUGGAUACUUCUGCUGCCACCCGAUUGGUUACAGUAUCGCCUGGCACCCAGUUGGAUACAUCUGCUGGCACCCGAUGGGUUACAGUAUCGCCUGGCACCCAGUUGGAUACUUCUGCUGCCACCCGAUUGGUUACAGUAUCGCCUGGCACCCAGUUGGAUACAUCUGCUGGCACCCGAUGGGUUACAGUAUCGCCUGGCACCCAGUUGGAUACAUCUGCUGGCACCCAGUUGGUUACAGUAUCGCCUGGCACCCAGUUGCUUACAUCCGCUGGCACCCGAUUGGUUACAGUGUCGCCUGGCAAUCGGUUUGCUACAGCAGCUGCCAUCCAGUUGGUUCCACCCCAGGACUCCCCAGUGGUUACAGUAGGCACCGUGCCCGGCAGCGGGUGCUCGAGGAGGUGCCACCCAGACUGCUGCCCGCCUGGCGACCUCCUGCUCCCCCUUGACCCGCUCUGCGCCCUCCCCCCUACCCGGCAGGCCUCGGGCGGUGGGGAGACCCCCAGCCCGGUGCCCGGCGGCUGGCAGGGGGAGGCAGGCGCCCAGCUCAAGCGGAAGAGGCUGGAGAACGGGGAAGGUGGGGGGAGCGGCAGGCUGGCGAACGGGCACUGCGACGCCGUGGCGGCCUGCAAGAGGAGGAAGGCUGAGGGGGAGCGAGUGGGGCUGCUGGAGGGCCACGGCGAGGGGCCGCCGGGAGCGCAGCUGCGGUGGCAGACCCUGGAGCUGGUGAACAAGUACAUCGUGCCCUGCAUGAACAGCUACGGCAUCUGCGUCAAGGACAACUUCCUCGGGGCGGUGCUGGGCGGCAAGGUCCUGCUGGAGGUGCUCUCCCUGCACCGCAAUGGGACCCUGAUGGACGGCCGUGUGGUCAGCCCCCUCAGCGUCCCCACCCGCAGCAUCCGGGGCGACAAGAUUGCCUGGGUGGAGGGCACGGAGCCCGACUGCACGAGCAUCGGCGAGCUGAUGGCCAGGAUCGACGAGCUGAUUAUCUGCAGCUCCGGACGGCUGGGCAACUACGGGAUCAAUGGGCGGACAAAGGCCAUGGUCGCUUGUUACCCCGGGCACGGAACGGGCUACGUUCGUCAUAUCGACAAUCCAAACGGAGACGGGCGCUGCGUCACCUGCAUUUAUUACCUGAACAGGGACUGGGACGUCAGUGUCCAUGGCGGCUUGCUGCAGAUAUUCCCGGAGAAUCGAUCGGAGGUUGCCAAUAUUGAGCCUUUAUUUGACAGGUUACUCAUCUUCUGGUCUGACCGCCGGAACCCCCAUGAAGUGAAGCCUGCCUACGCCACUAGGUACGCCAUCACUGUCUGGUAUUUUGACGGCAAGGAGAGGGUUGAAGCUAAAGAGCGAUUCAAGAGAGCCUUGGCCCAGAAGGCCUUGAAGUUCGACUGAGAGCAGGGUGACCGGAAGCUGCGUUGGACGGGCCGGCCACCCUGCCAGCGUGCGUUGUGCCGCUGCGCCAGCCUCUCGGCCCCCCUCGUGGACCCGGUGGAUCUCCUGCUGCGUCGGGAGAGGACCCCAGUCCUCAUGGACAAAUUGGCCUGGGUCGGGUGGAGCCUGACCACUUCGCUGGUGUGCGCGGUGGGCGUUGGAGAGCGAACGUUGGAAGUUUUGGUCAUUCUCUCCCCUCCCCCCUUCCCAGCCAAGGACAACUCUCCCUCCACCCCUCCAACCCCGUCUCCAUGUUGUACACGACAUCUUUGGGCCCUGCACCUCGGCCUAUCAGCGCUGAUCUGGCCCGUGGAAUCACAGAGCGCGACAGGAGAGGAACAGGCCUUUCGGCCCAUUUGAUCCGUGCCAGCCCAUGAUUCAGCCUGGUCCCAUCUCCAGCCCGGUUCCGGAGGGGGAAGCACGUGUCAGGGUCCGUGCGGAAGUUCCCCUGGUGAUCCGACAGGGUCCACCCACUCCCCUGCUACCGUUCCCGCUUGCUAAGUGUAGUUAAGGGACGAAAGGAAGAACUCCCAGCCCCCGUUUUUUUGGUGGGGGGGAAGGAGUUGUUGGAGAGAGGGGAGGUGGCCGAAUACAGGCCCUCAGGAGGAUACCAUCAGCUCCGGAAUCUCGAGCUAGGACCGGCGUGACCCGGUGCCUUUGGCAGCAUUCUCGGCCCAGUGGAAAUUGAGGCCAAGUGACACGACGCUGUCGCCCCCCAUCCCUUUGGACACUGCACCCCCUUCGCCGCCCCCUCCCCAGGAACGGGCCAGAACCUCCAGGAAUUGGAGACCAGUCCACUACAGAGGCCUGGGAGCACGCAGGCCAGGGAAGGCAUCUGAAGAGCAUGGCAUUUUAAAAGUGAGAUCUCAGUGGACGCUUGGCAUUUGGUGUACACAGCAAGAUCCCACAAGCAGCAACGUGGUGGUGGUAAACUAAUAAUGUUGAUUGGUCGAACUGGCCAGGACAUGAGAGAACACUUGUAUUCUUUAAAAACACACCUGUUAAUGAGAGGGUAGUCCCGGGGGUGGGGUCUAAUUUGGCAUUUCUGAGGAGGUGGUAUCGGGAUUUCCAUAGUCAAGUUCCCAGAGCGGGACUUGACCCCACAGACCUCGGAUUGUCAAAGCCGCUGGGAGGGGUGGGGGGAAUCCUGCCAUCCAGCUGUCUUCUCUCCCCCCCCCCCCCCCCGCGGACUUCCCACGCCCCUCUCCGGCAGGGCCCCACGGUCCGGCGGGCUCCUGUCGUCCAACAGCGGGAUUUGACCCCCGGCAUCCCUGCGAAAGGUGUGAAAAGUUACGGGAAAAAGGUAGGAUGGGGUUGAGGGGGGCAGUGGUGGAGGAGACUCGAUAGGCCGAAUGGCCUAAUCAUCCUCCUGUGUUUUAUGUUUUCACCCGGUGUGACUUUGAAUUUUCCCCGGGAAACUACAUUUUGAGGAUAAUUCUUUGCAGAGCCACUUUAGAUUUAAUGCAUUCGCCUUUGGAGAGGGAGAUGGUUUCGAGGGGUUUGGGGCCUUGAUUCGCCAAUCGCCUAAAUUGUUAACCGUUCUCUCAUCUAAUGCUCCCGCUUGACGGGUUCGGCACAGUCCUUUCUGAGAUCUCGACAUUGUACUGGGAGCGUGAAUCGGAUUAAAACUGAAUUGUUUACUCUUGGGGUCG